AAGUGCCCCAUAUAUACCUGAGUGAUGCUGACACAGGGUACACUUCCUGAGAAGAAGGUUCCUGGGUGCUUUGAAGAACAUUCUGAAGAUUGUACUGGAGACAAUAAGUCAAGAAUCUAUUGAAUUCUUCUAGAACAAAAGCCAGGAGCCCCCUAAUGUGAACACAUUAAUGUUUAUUUUGAGGAGAAAAUAUAUAGAUUUGUUUUAAACAACCGUAGAAUAGUCAGCUAAGUCCAAAAAUAAAAUCCCUUUUGGAAGAUGUCACUGAACAACUCUUCCAAUGUUUUUCUGGAUUCAGUGCCCAGUAAUACCAGUCGCUUUCAAGUUAAUGUCAUAAACGAGAGCCAUGAGAGCAGCGCGGCCGUGGCUGACGACACCGACCCUCCACAUUACGAGGAGACCUCUUUUGGGGGUGAAGCCCAGAACAGAUUCAGAAUCAGCUUUAGGCCUGGGAAUCAGGAGCGCUAUGACAAUUUCCUCCAAAAUGGAGAAAGUGCUAAAACAGAUGCCAGCUUUCAUGCUUAUGAUUCUCACACAAACACAUACUACCUCCAAACCUUUGGCCGUAACACUGUGGAUGCAGUUCCCAAGAUUGAGUACUACCGUAACACCGGCAGCAUCAGCGGGCCCAAGGUCAGCCGACCCAGCCUGCUUGAGAUUCACGAGCAACUUGCAAAGAAUGUCGCAGUGGGCCCGGGUUCCGCCGACCGGGUUGCUAACCGUGAUGGGAUGCCUAGAGGUGAACAAGCUGAAAACGAGGGAGAGGAAGAGAAAGACGGGGCUGUGAAGUUUGGAUGGGUGAAAGGUGUGCUGGUAAGAUGCAUGCUGAAUAUCUGGGGUGUCAUGCUCUUCAUUCGCCUCUCCUGGAUUGUUGGAGAAGCUGGAAUCGGUCUCGGUGUGAUUAUCAUCGGCUUAGCCGUGACAGUGACUGGGAUCACUGGUUUAUCCACCUCUGCUAUUGCCACAAAUGGAUAUGUCAGAGGAGGUCUUGGAGUUCUCAUAAUUCUUCUUUCCACCAUGGUAACUUCUAUCACUGGGCUGUCCACUUCUGCCAUAGCAACUAACGGGUUUGUUCGUGGAGGUGGGGCCUACUAUCUUAUUUCCAGAAGCUUGGGGCCCGAGUUCGGUGGGUCUAUAGGCUUGAUCUUUGCUUUUGCCAAUGCAGUAGCUGUUGCUAUGUAUGUGGUGGGAUUUGCUGAGACUGUGGUAGACCUUCUUAAGGAGAGUGAUUCAAUGAUGGUGGAUCCAACCAAUGACAUCCGGAUAAUAGGCUCCAUCACAGUGGUGAUUCUUCUAGGAAUUUCAGUAGCUGGCAUGGAAUGGGAAGCAAAGGCUCAGGUGAUUCUUCUGAUCAUUCUUCUCAUUGCUAUUGCAAACUUCUUCAUCGGCACUGUCAUUCCAUCCAACAAUGAGAAGAAGUCCAGAGGUUUCUUUAAUUACCAAGCAUCAAUAUUUGCAGAAAACUUUGGGCCCAGCUUCACAAAAGGUGAAGGCUUCUUCUCUGUCUUCGCAAUUUUUUUCCCAGCAGCCACUGGCAUUCUUGCUGGUGCCAACAUCUCAGGAGAUUUAGAGGACCCUCAAGAUGCCAUCCCCAGAGGAACCAUGCUGGCCAUCUUCAUCACCACGGUCGCCUACUUAGGAGUCGCUAUUUGUGUAGGGGCCUGUGUGGUCCGAGACGCCACUGGGAACAUGAACGACACCAGCAUUUCGGGGAUGAACUGCAAUGGUUCCGCAGCGUGUGGUUUGGGCUACGACUUCUCGAGAUGUCGACACGAACCAUGUCAGUAUGGGCUGAUGAACAAUUUCCAGGUCAUGAGCAUGGUAUCAGGGUUUGGCCCCCUCAUCACUGCUGGCAUCUUUUCUGCAACGCUCUCCUCUGCCCUGGCCUCCCUCGUCAGUGCACCCAAAGUGUUCCAGGCUCUAUGCAAGGACAACAUCUACAAAGCCCUGCAGUUCUUUGCAAAGGGAUAUGGAAAAAACAAUGAACCCCUGAGAGGAUACAUGCUCACUUUUGUAAUAGCCAUGGCAUUCAUUCUUAUUGCGGAACUGAACACCAUCGCUCCCAUCAUUUCCAACUUUUUCCUGGCCUCAUAUGCACUUAUUAAUUUCUCCUGCUUCCAUGCAUCUUAUGCCAAAUCUCCAGGUUGGAGACCUGCGUAUGGGAUUUACAAUAUGUGGGUGUCCCUUUUUGGGGCUGUUCUGUGCUGUGCAGUCAUGUUUGUCAUCAACUGGUGGGCAGCUGUCAUCACCUAUGUCAUUGAGUUCUUCCUCUAUAUCUAUGUGACUUAUAAGAAGCCAGAUGUGAACUGGGGCUCCUCCACACAAGCACUUUCCUAUGUGAGUGCACUGGACAAUGCUCUGGAAUUAACUACAGUGGAAGACCAUGUGAAAAAUUUCAGGCCCCAGUGCAUUGUCUUAACAGGGGGCCCUAUGACAAGGCCUGCUCUCUUGGACAUUACUUAUGCCUUUACCAAGAACAGUGGCCUCUGCAUCUGCUGUGAAGUCUUUGUGGGGCCUCGCAAGCUGUGUGUUAAAGAGAUGAACAGUGGCAUGGCAAAAAAGCAGGCCUGGCUUAUAAAGAACAAAAUCAAGGCUUUUUAUGCUGCAGUGGCAGCAGAUUGUUUCAGGGAUGGUGUCCGAAGUCUCCUUCAGGCCUCGGGCUUAGGAAGAAUGAAACCAAACACUCUGGUGAUUGGAUAUAAAAGAAACUGGAGGAAAGCUCCCUUGACAGAGAUUGAAAACUACGUGGGAAUCAUUCAUGAUGCCUUUGAUUUUGAGAUUGGUGUGGUCAUAGUCAGAAUCGGCCAAGGGUUUGACAUCUCUCAAGUUCUUCAGGUGCAAGAUGAAUUAGAGAAGCUGGAACAGGAGAGGCUGGCUUUGGAAGCCACUCUCAAAGAUAACGAAUGUGAAGAAGGAAGUGGGGGUAUCCGAGGCCUGUUUAAAAAAGCUGGCAAGCUGAACAUUACUAAGCCAACUCUUAAGAAAGAGAGCAGCAUUAACACAAUCCAGUCGAUGCACGUUGGGGAGUUCAACCAGAAGCUGGUGGAAGCCAGCACCCAAUUUAAAAAGAAGCAAGGGAAAGGCACGAUUGAUGUUUGGUGGUUGUUUGAUGAUGGAGGGUUAACACUCCUUAUCCCCUAUAUCUUGACUCUCAGAAAAAAAUGGAAAGACUGUAAGUUAAGAAUUUAUGUUGGAGGAAAGAUCAAUCGCAUUGAAGAAGAAAAAAUUGCAAUGGCUUCCCUUCUGAGCAAAUUUAGGAUAAAAUUUGCAGACAUCCAUAUCAUUGGAGAUAUCAGUGUUAAGCCAAACAAAGAGAGCUGGAAGGUCUUUGAAGAGAUGAUUGAACCAUAUCGUCUCCAUGAAAGCCGCAAAGAUUUAACAACUGCUGAGAAAUUAAAGAGAGAAACCCCGUGGAAAAUUACAGAUGCAGAACUGGAAGCAGUCAAGGAAAAGAGUUACCGCCAAGUCCGACUGAACGAACUCUUACAGGAGCACUCCAGAGCUGCUAACCUCAUUGUCCUAAGCCUUCCAGUGGCAAGAAAAGGAUCUAUAUCCGAUUGGCUGUACAUGGCGUGGUUGGAAAUCCUCACGAAGAACCUCCCUCCUGUCUUACUAGUUAGAGGAAACCACAAAAAUGUCCUGACGUUUUACUCUUAAAACAUAAAAGAUUAGAACACAUCUUAAUGUGUGAAUAAUUAAGAAACAUGUUCCAGUACUGUCUGUUAUAAACCUAGUCUAUGGAUAUGCAAACCUCUGGAGACUAUUUUAGAGGUUUCCACAUAAACUGUAUCAUUAUUUUUUAUUAGUAGGAGCUUUUUUUUUCCCCAUCAGCUUAAGGGGGUGUCAGAGCCAGUGCUACUCCUAGAAAAACAUCUUUGUCAUGGGGUGCUGUCGAUAAACAAGAAAAUUAAGCAAACCCAUGCUGACUUAUGCUCAUCACAACCAACUUGAUUAUAAGCUUCUUCAGCUAACAAUCUUAUGUUUGCUUCAAGGCCCCCAAACAGGCCUCAGUCCCACAGCAGGUUCUUAUUAAAUGCUUAUUGACAGGCUGGUAUUGUAAACAUGGGUGGUUACCAAAGGAAAAGACCAACUGGGCAGGAUAUGUGAUUAUGCUUGGCCUUCUGAGAGGCUUAGACCUACAAAGAAGAUCUGAAAAUCAAUAACUGGACACUUUAAGAAGUACUUGACUCUACAAAAUGUUUAAAGCAGUUACUUAAAUAAGGUUAUUUAAGUGAUCUGAGUGAUCAUUGAUAACAUAUGGCUUCAAUUUGCUGCUUACUGAAAAGUAUAUUAGCUGGAUUAGAAGGUAAUAUAUAUUCCAAUUAAAUGAAACAUGUUCUACUCUUAAUAUAUAAACUUUAAGUAUUUUCCUUACUAAAUAUUUGGAAAUUUCCAUCCCAGCAUUUCUUUGCCAAUUUUUUCUAAUUAAGUGGUUAGCAUAGGUGAAAUCUUCAUAGAUGUCUAAUUGAAAACCAUACCACAGAUUAUCAAACCAUUAUAGAUAUAUCCUGAAUCAUGUAUGCAGUUACUUUGUGUAAUGAGUGUAUGGAUUUAAAAGAAUAAUUAAAAUAUGAAGUGAAGAAACUUGAAAAAUUUAGAAUAUACAAGAUUGAUUUAUUUUUUCAUUUUUUGUUAUUCCUACAAUGCUUAAUCACAUUGAAAAACCAAAAAGAAUUUUUUUCUUGAAUGGAGGACUUGAUUUUUUUUUUCCUCAUGUUUUGACUGUUCUGAUAAAGUAUAAGGGAAACAAUGAGCCUGAAAUAAAAGCACUCAAAUUCA